AUCAGUUUGUGGCUAAAGUGUAAAGGUGAUACUAUGGUGCAAGCAUAAAAAAGGAAGGAAAUACAAAAAAAAUUAAAAAAAAAAAAAAAAUUGGACACAAAUUCACUUAAUCGAAAAAAGUAACUACAAAAACUGUCGGUGAUAUGCCAGCAGCCACAGUUAAUAACUGCGAAAAACGCAAAAUAAUGUCGCGGGCGCAAGCAGUACCACCCGAGGAUGAUAUUUGCAUCGCCGGAAUAUCUGGUGUUUUUCCAAAGUGUAAUGAUAUAAAUGAAUUAGAGCAUAAUCUUUACAAUAAGAUUGAUAUGGUUGAUGACAGCUCAACCAGAUGGCCCCAUUAUUCACCGGAAAUUCCAAAGCGUAUGGGAAAUAUUGGAGCCCUCGACAAAUUUGAUGCACAAUUUUUUGGCGUUCAUUAUAAACAAGCUCAUUCCAUGGACCCACAAGGUCGUAUCCUCAUCGAAAAAGCGUACGAAGCAAUUAUGGAUGCUGGCGUUAAUCCGAAAUCAUUACGUGGCACACGCACCGGCGUCUUUAUCGGAGCCUGUUUUGCUGAAGCAGAAAAAACUUGGUUCUACGAUCGAGCCACUGAAGGUGGAUUCGGUAUUACGGGAUGUAGUCGUGCGAUGCUAGCCAAUAGGAUAUCGUACACGCUUGGUCUAUUGGGUCAAUCAUUUUUGAUAGACACGGCAUGUAGCAGCUCUAUGUAUGCCUUAGAUGCUGCUUUCACGGCAAUGCGAAGUGGCGAAUGUGAUGCAGCCAUUGUUGGUGGCGCAAACUUGCUCAUGCAUCCGUUAAUAACUUUACAGUUUGCUAGACUAGGAGUUUUGGCACAAGAUGGCUACUGUCGUCCAUUCGAUAAUAGUGCGACUGGAUAUGUUCGCUCUGAAGCAAUAUGCUCAAUUUUCCUACAAAAAGCCAGAGAUGCAAAGCGAAUUUACGCAAAAGUUUUAUAUUCGAAAACGAAUUGCGACGGUCACAAGUUAGAAGGAAUCACCUAUCCAGCUGGCAGAAUACAACAGAGAUUACUGUCUGAGUUCUAUGACGAUAUUCAAAUCGAUCCAUCGAGUCUCGCGUAUAUGGAGGCCCACAGCACCGGCACGGUGGUCGGCGAUCCAGAGGAAUGUAUUGCAUUAGAUAAUAUUUUUUGUAAAAACCGCAAAAGUCCAUUAUUGGUUGGAUCGAUUAAGUCCAAUGUUGGCCAUUCCGAGUCGAGCUCGGGGCUUUGUUCCAUAGCUAAAGUAAUUCUGGCAUUCGAAAGAGGUGAAGUUGCUCCAAAUAUCAAUUUCGAAUCUAAUCGAAAGGGCAUCAAAGCUUUGGAAGAAGGUCGGCUGAAAGUGUGUACCGAAGUAACAAAGCUGAAAGGAGACCUCGUAGGGAUUAAUUCGUUCGGUUUCGGUGGUGCAAAUGCACAUGCUCUUCUCGUAAGAACCUCCAAAACGAAAAUUAAUAAUGGUGCACCAGUAGAUUCACUUCCACGGCUUGUGACUUGGUCUGGUCGCACCGAAGCUGGUGUUGAACGAGCACUGGAUUCGCUGUCAGAUCGCCCAUUAGAUGUGGAGCAUGUGGCUCUUUUGCAUAAUAUCCAAAGUAAGGAAGAGCCAGGAUUUCUUUAUCGAGGAUUUGGAAUUUUUACCCAUAAUCCCGAGGGCAAUGCUAUUUGUGCCAACAAGUCCAUUCAAAGAUUUACGGGAAUAAAACGGCCAGUAGUUUUCAUGUACAGCGGCAUGGGCUCACAAUGGAAUGGAAUGGGUGGUUCACUGAUGGAAAUUCCAAUAUGCAAAGACAGCAUAAUGAAGUGCCAGAAAUGUUUAAGGCCUUACGGGAUGAAUGUCAUUGAUAUUAUCACAUCUCAAGAUCCGGCAAUAUUUGAGAACACCGUUAACUCAUUUGUUGGAAUAAUGGCCAUCCAAAUCGCGCUAACUGACCUGCUUCAUGCAAUGAACGUGGAAGCUGAUUAUCUUAUUGGUCAUUCAACUGGAGAAAAUUGUUGCAGCUACGCGGAUGGAGCAACGACGUUAGAAGAAACGAUUUUGUUGGCCUUUUACAGGGGCUUGUCAUCCCAAGAGUGUACAAUUUUAAAAGGAUCAAUGGCUGCUGUGGGAAUAGGCUACAAAAAAAUAAUUGGCAUGCUGCCACCGGGAAUUGAGUUAGCCUGUCACAACAGUGCUGAGUCAUCAACAAUAUCUGGACCUGCAGCAUUAGUUUCCGAUUUCGUAACGAAACUGAAAGCUCAAGGAAUUCUUGCUAAGGAAGUGAAUUCAUCGAACAUACCGUAUCACUCGAAGUAUAUUGCACCGAUUGGAGAAAAGCUGAAAAGGUAUCUGAGCAGAGUUCUCACCAAACCGAAAAAGAGAUCCGAUAAAUGGCUCAGUACAAGUGUGCCGAAGAAUCGAUGGCAUUUGCCUGAAAAUCAAUAUGUUACCGCCAACUAUUUUGUCAACAAUUUACUGAACCCAGUGUUAUUUGAAGAAACAGCGGCACUGUUGCCGGAUAACGCAAUUAUUAUCGAGAUAGCUCCACACGGUUUGCUUCAAGCAAUCGUAAAAAAAUCGAUUCCAGAUGCAAUUCACGUACCGUUAACACAACGAGGACAUCCAAGUGUUCAUACGUUUGUGCUGAGUGCAAUCGGAAAGCUAUUUAUGAACGGACUUACGAUGUCCAUUGACAAGAUUUAUCCACCAGUCGAAUUUCCGGUUUCAAGGAACACACCGCGGAUAUCGCCGUUGAUGGCGUGGGACCACAGUGAGGAAUGGUAUGUCACCAAGUUUGGGGCACAAAAAUCGCAAUCAACUGGAGAACGUAAAGUGAAGAUAUCAGUAAACAUGGAUGACUAUGUGUAUGUAACAGGACAUCAGAUUGACGGCCGGUGUCUGUUCCCUGCCACUGGAUAUUUGGAAUUAGUGUGGGUAACACUUGCAAAAAUGAAAGGACCAAUUCAUCACUUCGUCGAUGUAGAAUUCGAGGACAUUCGUUUCUUGCGAGCCACAGCCUUGACGCCGGGCCAAGAAAUUGAAUUGACCAUAAUGAUUCACUAUGGUACCGGUAACUUUGAGGUUUCCGAAGGCAACACAUCCAUUGUAACGGGUACCAUUCGAGAACUACUGCACCCUGAACCGCUGACUGAUUUACCUCCGAUCGAGCGAACUGAUUAUCCGAUGAUGAAGUCGGACGACUUUUACAAGGAAUUGAGAAUCCGAGGCUAUCAAUACGGUGGACUGUUCAAAUCGGUAUCGGAAUGUCGGGCCGAUGGACUGUGUGGAAAAAUAAAAUGGAACAUGAAUUGGGUCGCUUUCAUGGACUGCAUAUUACAAAUGCAAAUUUUACGUAGAGACAGUCGGUCACUCCUUCUGCCCACACGAAUACAGAAAUUGCGCAUUAAUUCCAAGGAUCACAUGGCUAGAGCUGGUAAAAUGAGUGAAGAGGAUUCAUAUUUCGACGUGAAAAUGAGCCCCGAAUUGGGUAUCAUCCAGGCAGGAGGCAUUGAAGUUGUUGGAAUGGUUGCAAGUGCUGUUUCAAGGCGUAAAGCACAUGGUCACCUGGUACUAGAAAGUUACAAAUUCUUACCUUACAUCAAUAUGAAAGUUAGCAAAGAUGAUGCGCUGAGAGUAUGCACGCAGCUGGCGAUCGAAAAUAGUCACACCCUAAAAGUACGAGCUGUGGAACUCAGAUGCAAGGAGAACACCCCAAUAAUUGGACUCUUAAACGAUGUUCUGCAAGAAAUUCCAUCAAUUUCGAUUGAUUUAAAAUUGUUGUCCGACGAAGGAAACAAUUUCGAGGGAGUACCAGUGGAAAAUGUUAGCUUAUCGACAAUGGCUGGCUGUACUUUUGUUAUCGUCACCGAAUUCCUGAAAAAUCAGCACCACUUCGACGAUGUUAUGAAAUGCAUACAAGACGGUGGAUACUUGAUCUCACGCGAAUCUUUAUCUGAAACGGAUCUAGAGACUCCUUCGACAUUCAACGUACUAGCAUCGAUAUUAACUGAAGACGAACAAUUGGUUCUGCUGGAACCGAUCAAACGAAAAAUUUUCGGUUCACCGAAAAUCGUCAACAUAACUAACACGCAAUUCGAAUGGGUCACUGGAGUGCGUCAAGCUGCAAAGGAUAAUUCCGUGAUUUUGGUCGGUCAGAACGAGCCGACAUCCGGUCUGAUUGGAUUUAUUAAUUGCUUGCGCAAAGAGCCCGAUUACAAAAAUGUGAAGGGAUUUUUCGUGGACGACGAUCGUGCACCUCCAUUUAGCUUAGAGAAUCCGUUUUACACUAAGCAAUUGAUGUUUGGACUUGCAAUAAAUGUUUAUCGAAAUGGUCAAUGGGGAAGUUAUCGACACGUAAAACUACGUCAACAAGAGGAGGAAAUUCCACGUAACAAACACUUUUACGUGAACACAUUACACAACGGCGAUCUAUCAUCUCUGUCCUGGCUGGGUGGGCCAUUGAAAAGCUCUGGCAAAAACAUAGUCAACAUCCAAUACUCGUCGAUAAAUUUCAGAGAUGUGAUGCUUGCAACAGCCCGACUAUCGGUGGAAAUUUUCAAUCUUAGCCGCUUUCAUUCAGAGUGCGUACUUGGUUUGGAAUACUCGGGCGUCGAUAAGAAAGGUCUGCGAGUGAUGGGUAUGUCAGCAUUUGGUGCGAUGGCUACACAAAUUGAAGCGGUGGACAAUUUAACUUGGAUCGUUCCGAAUACGAUGACACUGCGGCAAGCUGCCACGAUUCCAGUCGUGUAUGUUACCGUCUAUUGUGCCUUCUUUCUGCAUAAUCCGAUAUCCAGUGGAAAAUCGGUACUCAUACACGCUGGAAGUGGUGGUGUUGGCUUAGCUGCUAUAAGAAUUGCGUUGGCCUACCACAUGGAAGUAUACACGACCGUGUCCAAUGAGGCCAAGAAGAAAUUUUUGUUGGAACAAUUUCCAGCAUUGAAAGAGAGCAACAUCGGUAAUUCAAGAGACUGUUCUUUCGAGCGAAUGAUCAAAAUUCAAACCAAAGGAAAAGGAGUCGAUUACGUUCUGAAUUCAUUAUCCGACGACAAACUGCACGCAUCGAUACGAUGUUUGGGACGAGCUGGCACCUUUUUGGAAAUUGGAAAAUUCGAUUUAAGCAACGACACAAAAAUUGGCUUGGGCAAUUUUCUUAAAGAAAUGUCGUUCCGUUCGGUGCUGGCCGAUAAUUUGUUCCUAGCCACACCAGCUGAACGCAAGCGAAUCCAUGAUUUGAUCAACAAGGAUCUGAAAACGGGAAUUAUACGACCACUGCCGUCGACGGUGUUUGGUGUCAAUGAAAUUGAAAAAGCCUAUCGCUAUCUGAGCACUGGCAAGCAUGUUGGAAAGGUGAUGGUAAAGAUUCGGAAGGAUCCACACGAUGAACUCACGUUCCCGAUCAGAGCAUUGCCUCGAGCCUAUUUUAAUAGCCAGAAAGUUUACGUUAUCCCUGGUGGAUUGGGUGGAUUCGGAAUGGAGUUGGUAGAUUGGAUGAUUCUAAGAGGAGCUAGGAAAUUGGUACUGAGUUCUAGUCGAGGGAUAUCUAAUGAUUAUCAAAAGCAUAGGUUACGGUUGUGGAAAGGAUAUGGUUGUCAUGUUAUUAUAAGUACAUCCGAUAUAACCACCUUAUCUGGAUGCAAAGCCCUUUUCAAGGAAGCGCAACAACUUGGUGAAGUGGACGGAAUUUUCAAUUUGGCGGUUACAUUGCACGACGAUAUAUUCGACAAUCAAACAGUUCAGACAUUCACUGACGGCAUGUCUACAAAGGCGGAAGCUACCGGCUAUUUGGACACGAUUUCGAGAAAAGUCUCACCGACCAUGUCUUAUUUCGUUGCAUUCUCUAGCGUAUCUUGUGGUUUGGGUAAUGCCGGUCAAACGGUUUACGGUAUGGCCAACUCUGUAAUGGAACGUAUCGUUGAAAGGCGUUGUGCCGAUGGUCUUAAGGGAAAGGCAAUUCAAUGGGGUGCUGUGGGUGAGGUGGGAUUAGUUGCGAACAUGACCGGCGGACAAUUAGAUGUGGAAAUAGCUGGUACGGUACAACAAAGAAUAUCAUCGUGUCUCCGCGAAUUGGACGCUCUGUUGACGACAGGUGAUCCUAUCGUUCUGAGCAUGGUGGUGGCGGAAAAAAAUACCGGAAAGUCAGCCAAAACAAACAUUGUGGACAGUGUGCUGAAUGUGAUGGGCAUCCGUGACAUUAAAUCAAUUUCAAUGGGAACGUCUCUGUCUGAGUUGGGAAUGGAUUCGUUGAUGGCAGUGGAGAUCCGUCAAACUCUGGAACGUGAAUUCGGCCUUAUUUUGACGACGCAGAAUCUGAGAUCUUUGACAUUUUUGAAGCUCCAGGAAUAUUCGGAUGAGAGUGCAAGAGACACCGACAAUUUGUGCGGUCAAAAUAAGAGCAGGGACGAUGACAAGAUUCUCGAUUUUAAUUAUUUCAUGGAAAUGUUGUCGAAGGAUUACAGUCCGAAAAAAUUGUUCUCACGCAUCUCGAGUAAGAACAGUGAUGAACAGUUUGACUCGUGCGUGGCAGUGUUUCCCGGAGUUGAAGGCGAAACUGCGUCGUGGAGUAAAAUUGCCAGUGGUUUGAAUAUUCCCGUGUUCAUGAUAUCGUACGAUGACCAGACCAAAUCGAACAUGGAAUUGAUCAGUACGAUAGAAAAGGAUCUGAUUGACACUUUCGAUAACAAGGACUUUUUCUACCUGGUCGGCUACUCCUACGGUACAUCUAUUGCUAUCGAAUGUGCGCGAAUAUUGGAAAGUUAUGGAAAGAAGGGACUGGUGCUGUGCAUUGAUGGAUCGCCAAUACUACUGAAAAAGAUGAUUCAAAAUUUUGUUAAGUCAACGGAUGUCACAGCCGAAAAGAUUCAACUGGAGCUGAUCUUCAACAUCAUGCAAUCCGCUUUCCCCGAGGAGAAUCUCGAUAAUAUUCGCAGCAAAAUGGAACAGGUCGAAACGUGGGAAAGUAAAUUGGACAAAUUGACGGAAUUGAUUAAAUGGUCGCAGCAGGACGUCGACGUGGAUCAUUUGCACAUACUUUGCAAUGGAAUUUACAAUCGAACAUACGCGGCUCACUGUAAUUCAACGGAUAAUAUUGUGAAAAUAAAGUCUCCGAUCAUAUUGGUUCGACCGACCAAUGCAAUUGUAACGGAUAUCGAUGAAGAUUACGAACUGCAUAAAUUCACAGAAGGAUUGGUUACGUUGAAAUUUAUCGAUGGUAAUCAUCAGUCGAUACUGGAUAAUCCAAAACUUGUUGACAUUGUCAACGCAAUGAAUCCGAACCUAGAAUCGCGUAAGGAUUUUGCUAACGUUUUCAUUAAAAAUUAAAGUCGAGAAAUUGUCUCUUGUUGCAUUUGGUCAUUGGAGUCAUUGGACGUUAUAAUAAAAUGUUAAAAAAAGCAAAAUC